GACCACAUUUUGUUCGAAGGCGCAGUGCGCAGAAGGCGCCAAGUUUGUUUCGGUUUCAGCCAGCGGUCUCUUUUUGCAAAUAAUUGUUUGUAUUUAUGCAAUAUUUUAAUGUUUUGCGGAUUAUUGAAUAUAAGAGUAGCUGAUGGUACAUGUGAAACGUUUCUAUGUGAAUAUUGGUAGAGAGUAUUGAAUUUUCAACAAUACGUUGGCGUUGCUUGAUAUAUUUUUGCAUAACAGCAGCAGGAAGUUCAAAAUGUCAACAAUGCGUAUAAUUUAUUCGAUGGCCCUACAAAGAAACAAUUAUGUCACGAGAAGUUGCAAUUUAUAGAAAUGGAAAGAAAUCUCAGGCUAUUAUUUACCGAAAAUCAUAAUAAUAAAGGGUGCGAAAAUCAAUCGGGAAAAUGGAUAAUUAUGCGGUGUCUUUUGUCAGCUCGGAAUCGCUGAUCAUGUCUUUAUUAGAGCAGAUGAGAUGUUUAGAAAAUGAGAGGGACAAUGCUCGAGUUCUUGCCGCUAAAAUGCGGGAAAGGCUGAAGAAAUAUCAAAACAAUGAGAACGACAUGUCUGGUAAUUGUGACAAUUCCAGGCAAGACUUGAACAACAAUCGCCGUAUCUCCAAACUCGUUAAAAACGUAAGCUCCGUCGUGUUGAAUGACCUACAGCAGGUUAUCCACAACGAAGAGGAAAGGUAUCGCAAGUUGAAAGAAAUAUGCGAUAGAAGGGAAACGGAAAGGGAUGCCAUCCUUCGUGGGCAAGUCACGGUGUGCAAAAACCACUAUGAAAGGAUUUUGAACGACUCAGAACGGGAGAAGAACGAACUUCGUCGUAAAAUGAAGGAACAACAAGAUAUGUUAUUGGACAAGGACAUCAAAAUAAAAGAAUUAGAGAGCAAAUUACACGGAAUGAGUCGUAAAGAUACCGAAGCAUUUACAGAAAUAUAAGAGCCUUUGUAAGGUCUCCUUACUGCUGUGAAUUCAAACAAACACAGUGUAUACGUACGUGCACAAUUGAAGGGAUUACAUGGCGUCAUAUUUUGAUGUUUAAAUAAGGUUCACACCAAUUAGAUGAUUCCAGAAAAGAUCUACGUGACGUAAAUAGUUCCUCAAUUAUUAACAUACUUGGAUCAUUUUAGGUCAUUAUUGACAGUAAAUCACUGCUUAUCAUCGUAUACACGUACAUUUGUAUAUUAAUGUCUCAUUGAUAAUGUCUUGAAAGCCUAAAAGAUCCAUAGGACUGACUGAAAUGACUUCAUUCAGCUUAAGUUCCUCUUCCUUAUUUAUAUUCUGAGACAAAAUCUGUGCUCUUCCUUUUCAAAACUUCCAUGUUUACUGUUUCGGUGGAGAUAUUGAUUUUAUCUAAAACAUUUAAGAAUCGGCCUUGUGUUAAACUAGGGUAGCACUGCCAGACUGCAAGUUUUGAUCAUACUAAGUAAAUUUAUUGUUUCCGCACUAAUUUAACUUGGAAAAAUUUGCAUGGCAGCUAAUGUUGAGCUAUAAGAUUUGCUUCAAAGCUGCUGAAUAAUUUUUCAGCGAUUCAAGUAAUUAAUGUAAUAGAAGUGGUAACUAGCAUUCCAA